ACACUGAACGGUAAAUAGUGUCCUGCUGCGGGWCGCGGGGUCAAAGGUCAUCAUGGGGUCGGCGGUGGAACGGACAGAUGAACACGUCAGGGAGUACCUGAUCUACAGGGGCUUCACCAACACCCUGAAGCACCUGGACCACGAGAUCAAGGCCGACAAGGAGAAAGGCUUCAGGGUGGACAAGAUCAUCGAGCAGCUGCAGCAGUUCGUCCAGAGCUUCGACCUGUUCGGCCUGAAGGACUACUGGCUCUACCUGGACAGGAGGCUGUUCUGCAGGCUGGAGGACGUCUACGGGUCCACCGUCAACAAACUGAGGACCAGUCUGUACCGCUACUACGUCAUCAACACCAUCCAGAAAGGAAAUCCAGAGAAGACUCAGGAGUUCUUCCAGAAGCAGGCGUCGGAGCUGCAGACUCAGGCCGAGUGGCGUGAUUGGUUCAUCCUGCCGUUUGUUCCCGCCCCCGAGCAAAACCCCGCCUUCGCCCCGUACUUCUCCCGCCAGUGGGCCGACACCUUCCUGGUCUCACUGCACAACUUCCUGUCUGUCCUCUUCCAGUGCAUGCCUCAGCCGGUUCUGCUGAGCUUUGAUGCUGAAGUCCAGAAGAUGACGGGUCUGGCUGAGGAGAACGAGCAGUACCGUCAGAUGCUGUUACUGGGCAGUGGCGUUGGAACCGUCAGGCUCUACGACACUGAAGCAAAGAAGAACCUCUACGAGUUGAACAUCGAUGAAACUCACCCGCGGAUCUUGUCUUUAGCCUGCAGUCCCAGCGGCUCGUCCUUCGUGUGUACGGCUGCAGCUCUGGGUCGAUCCGGGACCGUAGAAUCUGGACCUCGGCUCCCGAUCCCGGUGUCAGGUCAGCUGCUGCUGUGGGACACGAAGACGGUCAAACAGCAGCUCCAGUUCUCUCUGGAACCAGAACCUGUAGCUGUGAACUGCACGGCCUUCAACCACAACGGCAACCUGCUGGUGACCGGAGCUGCUGAUGGCGUCAUCAGACUGUUCGGGAGUUCAGCUACGAUGAGAACACCGUGUUCAGCGUGGGCGAGGACGGCAAGUUCAUCCAGUGGAACAUCCAUCGCUGCGGCGUGAAGCAGUCGGAGCAGGACCUCCCUCAGGACGCCACCGGACCCUUCGUCCUCUCCGGCUACAGCGGCUACAAGCAGGUCCAGGUCCCCCGGGGACGGCUGUUCGCCUUCGACUCUGAGGGACAACAUGUCCUGACCUGCUCCAGCUCCGGAGGACUCAUCUACAGA